UGUGUGUGUGUGUGUGUGUGUGUCGCACUCGCCAGUCCACGGAGUCUCGGCAGGCGCGAGCGCGGCGCUCCGGUGCGACCAGGAUGGAGCCCGAGCCGCGAGCGCGCUUCGAGCCUCCGGAAUAAAUUAAUUACAAUCAGAAUUAAUAUAUUUUUAAGUCACAGGAUUUUUUUUUUCACAGCAAAGAAUUUACUUUUUGGGGAUUUUUAUAUAUUUAAAUAAAUAUUUCAGUAGUUGGGGUGGAGCAUGCCCUUUGCCAAGCGGACAGUGGAGCCGCAGCGGCUGUGCAGGAGCGCGGACACGGGGCAGGAGGUCUCCCCGCUGCUGGAUGACCUGUGCGCGGUCAGUAACGCCGCUCUGUCCCGCACCGUGCGCCAGCUGUCGGACGUGGCGCGGCACGCGGGUUCGCUCUUCCACGAGCUGGAGCGCGAGCUGGCUGUGACCGACCGGCGGCUCCGGGACCUGCGGGAGAAGGUGCGCCGCGUGGAGCGGAGCACCGAGGAGCUGGACCACAAGCAGGAGACAGUGCCUGUUUCGAGUUUGGAUGUUGAGAGUAAACUCAGUGAACAUUUCCAGUCGGCUUGGCAGUUGCACAGAAACGUCUUCAUCCCGUCGAGUCGGCCGCCGUGUGUCGAGGAGCUUCACCACAACACCAAACAGAGCCUGAGAGCUCUACACCGAGACCAGCAGCAAAGAAAGGAAGUCAGUGAGCGAGAGCGAAGGAUGACCCUCUUGAUAGCCACACCCACACUCACAUCCCCCUCCCAUCACACACUUCACACGUUUGAAAGCAUCCGAUCCUCCUCCCCUACUGAAUGCUGUCACUUCUCUAGCUGGAGCAGACAGGUGAGCUCGGAUGCUGAUUCCGUGUCUUUAGGAAACAGAUCUCGGAUCCCGAUUCCCAACGUUCCGUCUCCACUGGACACUCAGACCAACUGGAGCGUCGCUCUGCCAUUACCGACUCCGGAGGACCAGAUGAAGAGCCAAUCACAGGCCGUCGUGUCCUGCGUGAUUCCCAUUGACGUCACAGGGGCUGGGUUCGACAGAGAUGCCAGUGUUCGCUGCUCACUAGCCUACUCACAGUCAGUGCUACAGAGGAGACGGAAGCUGAGAAGACGGAAAACGAUCACGGGCUUUCCCAGACAAGUCCAUCAAGACUUAGACUCUGAUGAUUCUCCUGUGGCCAGUGAGCAGGCCGUGGUAGUGCACUCCAGCACUGAAGCUUGCAAGGAGGACCUCGCACUCGCCCAUCUCAGCACCAGAGACUCCGGCUGCCAGACGGAAGACUUCCUGAUCGCUGUUGUUGCACCAUCUCGUAGACGGAUUAGAGCUCAGAGGGGUCAGAGUGCGACUUUCCCGAUUUCUCAUUCCACAGGAAACAUACCGUCCCUGCCAGACGGUUCGGAUACCAUGUUUAGCGCCUCUAUCGACUCCCAGUUACGCUCACGUAGCCUUCCUCGAGAAGGCAUCCGAAUAAUCGACAAGUUGCGAAUCGAUUGCGAUGAUGAAGAAGAUGGAGAUCUUUCACCAUUUGAAGAAGAAGAAUUCCUUCUGGUACCAGUAGAAGACACACUAAAGGAUGAGGAGGAGAGUACUGAGCAGGUGCAGCCUGAGAGGCAGCUAGAUAGCUUCAACCAGCAUCCCGAGAGCCCAGAGCACAUGUGGAUGCAGAGAGGUCGGUCCCGUUUAUCUUGUAAAACUGAUGAGAUCUCAUCCAGUUCGGACACCUUCAGUAGCCCUCUUCACUCUAACACUGGAGCUUUGGGAAGCCAGAUGGACCACAAAGAAGACCACCAGUCUUCCAGCGGAAACUGGAGUGGCAGUAGUUCAACGUGCCCUUCGCAGACAUCAGAGACGAUUCAUCCUGCUUCCUCACCACCACUCACACACUGUGACUCUGAGCUGUCUCUAAACACAGCUCUUCACAUUUCUGAGGACUCUCCUGAGCCAUACUCUGUUCAGGAUCACCGAUCAGAAUCGUUUGCUUCCACUACAACUGACAUGCUUGAUGAGGUCGGAGUUGGCACGGGAAGCGAAGCUGACUGGAGCUAUCCUCAACGCAGUCACAACAGGUUCAGCCCUGAUCACUCUAGGGGAAGGGAGAGCAGCCUAGAGUGCCCAAGCUUUGUUAGCAUAGCCACGAUCGAGAGCUUAGAUAAGCCUUCCUCUGACAAGGCUGACACCAUGUCGCACUUCUCUGUGGACGCAGAGGGCUACUACACCUCCAUGCACUUUGACUGUGGUCUUAAAAGUACAAAAAGUUUCACACACAACUAUGCAUCUGUCGACCAGCAAAAGGAAGAGUACAGCGGUCAUACAUCAAUUGGGAGAUGCAAUCUUUCUCUGAAGAAGCCAAAGAUCAAGCCAUCGCCUCCACAACGCUGCUCUUCGUUAAAGAAAAUUAGCAGCCAUGCCGAAUUAGCUUCUGUAACGAGUGAACCAAAGAUAACACUAGAGCAGGACAUAACGAAGUCUUCCAAGGACAGGAAUUCACCAAUUUUGCCUUGUGACCAGCGAGAGGAUGAGGUGCUCACAAAGGCCUGGGGUGGACAGAUUUCUAAUCAGAUUCCAGGUGUGGCUCUGCUUGGUUCUACAGACAAACAGUCCUUAAUAAAGAAUGAAGAAACUGUGCAGUCAGACUUCGCAGAACUCUGGCUUGUGAAUGACCUGAAGUCCAACGAUAAUUACAGAUCUUUGUCAAACUCCUGCACCCCUAUCGGGACAACGGUCAUUGAAUCUGUGAAGUCACAAGAGAGCUCAGAGUCUCAGUCUGGCUCGAGGGCUACCACUCCAUCACUGCCUUCUGUGGAAGCUGAUUUUAGACUGCUCUCCCCAGAGAAGCUGGUAAACCUAGCGUCUCCUUCCAGUGGCUAUUCGAGCCAGUCUGAGACACCAACAUCUUCAUCUGCCUUUUUUCCAAACCCCAAUCCUUUGUCUCCCAUUGGUGGAAAGAGGAAACCAAAGGUCCCAGAAAGGAAGUCAUCCCUCACUUCGCUGCAGAAGUGCACACCCGAAAAGGAUCUCGAGCUACCCAUUAUACCUCCCACCCACCUUGACCUAAGUGCUCUUCACAGUGGCAAAAAGCCUUUAUCACACAGAAACCAUAUCCAUGUUCUUAACAAUAGCAAACACAAAGUGGCUAUAAGCACAACUGAAAAUGUUGAACCUAGCAGCACCAGUCCUUUGGAAAUCACCCCUAUGAUGCUUCAUUCUGUCCAGCUACAUUCGGUUGGCAAACUUGGCGAAGAAAACCAUGAUCUUACUUCGACAGAUGCCUCCACUAGACCCAAGAGGCCCACUAUGAGCAUGCUCAAUGAGACCAGGAAGCCUCCACCUUAUAGACCACUCACCACUGAAUCCCUCACACAAGAUAACGGUGAAUUCAUGUUUACUCCUAAAGAUGGACCAGAAUUUGGAAGUCUGCCAAAGAUUUCCUUUACAAAAAACAGAUUUGACAGGAUUGCCCCAGCACCAUUUUGGAGCAUGACUGCCUUCAACAAAAUAUCUGAGCAAGCGAACCAGGAUGACAUGAUGGUCGACAUAUCAGAGAGUCCAAAGGUACCUUCUGAACCAGAGAACGUUCUCCUCAAAGCAGUAUGGAAAAAGCAGGACCAGGAAGUAAGGCUUGAAUUAACUGAAGAAACGACAAAAACAGAACUACCACCGGGCCAUGAUGGUUCACUCUGUACAAGAUCUGAGAAAUUUGACCAAGUGCCUGAUUUAAUUCUUCACUCAUCGCUGGACUCAUCAGAGAUUAGGGAUAUAAGCAAUCCUAAAGAGGAAUCAGAGUCAUCAGGUGGUCCAACCAGAAGUGCCUCACAGGAGACCAUGGGGGAAGUGUCUACACCUGAUACAGAGGAUUACUUUAGCAAAGAAUCCACACCUAGUGAACCUGUAGAAUCUCCUUUGACGGAUGAAUUAGCACCUGAAGAAGACAGCGUUUUCCUUUCUCCUUCUAAAGCUCGUACAACCGAUGAUCUCUUCGCCAUGAUUCACAGGUCUAAAAGGAAAGUCCUCGGGCGAAAGGAAUCUAAAGGAGACACGGCCAUUCUGAGUUCUCUGAGUGCUUCCAUUGCCACCUCUCCUGUCACCUCCCCGAGUUCCCCUCUAACGCCAACAAGCUCCCAACGAGCAUCGAGCCAAAUCUACAGGAGCGUCAAAAAGUCCAACACCUCCAACGAGGAAUUCAAAAAGCUCCUCCUUAAAAGGGGAAGUCGCUCCGAAUCAAGCUUUCGCAUAUCAGCUACUGAGAUCCUAAAAAGUCCAGUCACAUCAAGAACUUACAGUGAACCCCUUUCAGAAGGUACGAAACUCCCGGAAGGCUUUCCGUCGCCGUUUCAGCCGCAGUCUCCAGAGGAAACAUCUGAGGUCCUUCACAGCCCCUACCCGAAAGCCAACGUGGAGGGGUUCUCCACAAAAGUAUUUAGUUCUUCCAGACAAGGUCGUUCAAGGUUACCACCAGCUGCAAACAGCAGUCGUUACAGCACACGCAGCCGGUUUUACACCAGUCCCAUGCAGGCUAUUUCUGAAGGGGAAACGGAAAACUCAGAUGGAAGUCCACAUGAUGAUCGUUCUUCCUAAACGAAAAACAAAACUACUAAUGCUGGUUGUUUUUUGUGUUUCAUUUGUUUUAAACAAAAUGAAGCCUGUGCUGAGUUACUGCCCUUUUCCAAGGUAAAAAAAAAGGUGUACAGCUCAUGAAAUUGUUGAGGUAUAUGCAGCAUUGUGCGGGAAAUUUUAUGCUAAUUUAAUAAUUGCAUUUUUUAUGGGCAUUAACUGUGAAAUAAGCGAAAAACUGUCAGCAGGAGAGAAACCUAGGACAAUCAGAUAGUGGCCUUUUACACUGUUGUAGCAACAAGUAGUAUUUCCGCACAAACUGUUUUUAAAAUGAUCACAUGACUUUAGCUGGAUGUGACGUCAUUUGGCAAAAAGAAAAACGUCGAAACCUUUCGCAGGUUUAUUGUUGCUGUGUGUUUUGCACUUCUUUCAAAUUAAAUCACCGAAAAACAAAUAUGCAAAA